CCUAUCAACAACUUCAGGCAGCAUGUGACGUCAGAAAUCCACGCGCGAAUGACGUUUGUAGGUUAUCCACGGAAAGUGAGGAAGAUAAUAGUUUCGCAUUUAGUGGAGAAGAAGAAUAAACAUACUGGCAAUCGGAUUUCAGAAUUUGUAUAAUUUUUCUUGUUUUUCCUCUGUUGGAAUGUUUGGAUUAGCAUUUGUUACCUCUUUUAAAUACAUAUAGUUGUUUCUUAAUAUUUUUUUACCAACUGUUAUUGUUGUAAACAAUAAAACUCGAAUCUCACGGCUUGCCGAUUUACUAAUAUGCAACGUAACAUGCUGAGACCUCUGACAAAUUUUUACAUAUCAUCGUCGCAGAAACGAUGUUACAGUAAACAGCAGGUUCGCGUUCGAUUCGCACCUAGUCCAACCGGACACCUGCAUCUCGGAGGUCUGCGAACAGCUUUGUAUAAUUACUUGUUUGCCCGUUCUAACAACGGCAGUUUCAUCCUGCGAAUCGAAGAUACGGAUCAGACGAGGUUGGUUCCAGAUGCAGCCAAAAAGCUACAAGACGACCUUCUCUGGGCAGGAAUUAUCCCUGACGAGGAUCCGACAAGAGGCGGACCUAAAGGGCCGUACCUCCAGUCGAAGCGCCUCGAGCUGUACAACGAGCAGGUCGAGACUCUGCUGAAAAACGGAUCUGCCUACAGGUGUUUCUGCACCGAUCACAGGCUGGAUCUUCUGAAACGUGAGGCGCUUAGGGUCAGACAGAUUCCGAGGUACGACAACAAAUGUCGCCACCUUGCCAAGGAGGAUUUGGCGGAGAAAUUGAAAAGGGGAGACCCUUACUGCAUCAGGUUUAAGCUUGUCGGAAACAUUGAUUCCUUCGACGACCUUGUUUACGGACCUGUAAGUUACGACGUGGCGCAGAACGAAGGGGAUCCCGUAAUCAUCAAGUCCGACAAGUAUCCAACUUACCACUUCGCCAACGUGGUGGACGACCACUUCAUGGAGAUAUCGCACGUCCUACGUGGUGUCGAGUGGCUCAUGUCGACGCAGAAGCAUAUAUUGAUGUAUCGAGCUUUCGGAUGGACGCCACCACUAUACGCGCAUCUUCCACUGAUCCUGAAUCCAGACGGUUCGAAACUAUCUAAAAGACAGGGGGACAUCAGGGUCGAGAACUACAGACAGAGCGGAAUAUUCCCACUCGCUUUGCUCAACUUCAUAACUCACGCCGGCGGUGGUUUCAACAGGGUACAGGGUAGGGAGCAGCGAUGCUACAGUUACGAGGAGCUGAUAAAGCAGUUCGACUUGUCUGCGGUGAAUGUGAAUUCCUGCAAACUGUUACCCGAGAAGCUAUUGGAGUUCAAUAAGCUGGAGAUAUCGCAGCUCCUUGAGGACGAGAACAACGCAACGUUCCUUGUCAACAGAGUCGUGAGGCUGGUUAGCGAUGCGUUUCCCGACAGAUCGAAGGAUGGUUCUCUACAGCUGGACGAUGAUCACGUUCGCGUUAUUCUCGAUUGGGCCAAGAAUAGGAUAUCGAAACUGGAAGACCUAGUCAGCAGUAAGCUGGCUUUUCUAUGGGUCGUUCCUCCCACCUCGACUUCAGCUAUUAGCCAAAGCCCUGCCGAAUAUUUGGGAAUACUGGAGGAGUUUGAUAGGCAGCUAGCUUCCAAAGAUGCGGACUUCUUCCGCAAAGAAAGUCUUAAGGACUGGUUGAGGAAUUUUGCUGACACAAACGAUAUUCCGUUUGAUAAAUUCAUGCGAUUAUUGCGCAGCGUCCUAAGCGGCUUGAAGGAGGGUCCAAGCGUGGCUGAGAUGAUUGAGAUUUUAGGCCAGAAUGCGACUCUGGAUCGAGUGAAACGAGCUCUCUCCUAGAAAAC